CUCGUUUCCAACGUGCGAAUCGCAUGGAAUAUGAAGACAUAUUAAUAACAGACCAACAGAAUUCCCUUGAAAAUGGCUACGGGGAAGAAGUAACUCCAACGACAUGUCUAAAUGUAUUAAAAACUACUUACGUAAGGAAUAACCAAUCAGCCAAACAUAUGUGGCGACAAAUGUGGUCAGAAUUCUAUCAAGUCCACAGUUAUACAUAUGAAGAAUUAACUUCAUAUGUUAAUAUUCAAGAUAAAUCAGAAGAGAAGAAAUAUACAGAUAGAUAUGUGAAGACAAAGAAUGAUUUUAUAUUUGACAAUGAAGUAUAUUACAAAAGAUUGUGUGUGUUGGCGGAAGUGUCUCUCUUAGAAGCAGAAAACAGAGCCAAGGAAGCUGGAAGAUUUGCAUUUCUUAAUGUUAUUGGAUGUGGUUUAGGUGUAUGGAUGAUAUCAACACAUCAAACAGACGUGUACAUUCUGACAUUUUUAGAAAGGAUAAGAUCAUUUCUUAAGAAAGAUAUGCUGGAUCAUGUGUCUGAUGUUAACUUUGCUUUUAUACAUCCCAGUAAAGGCAUAUUAGCUCUCUUCACAAACUCUUCGGAAGCGGAAACACCGACAGAAAAAAGGAUAUUCUUUGAAAGUAAAAGACAUCCAAAAGGUGGUAUAAGCGUACAACUAGAGAAUCGUCAGCCGUCGUCAAAGUUGAGAGGAGAGCACGCCGGCAAAUUGCUUGUAAUGACAUACCCCUGGGAUGGAAAUGCCCAUCCCGGGAAUGAAUUCUGGUUAGGCAGUCUGAAAACAUCAGGUGACCCUGCCGCGGCUUGUUCUACACAAGUGUCAGAGUUACACAACGCACACAUCAACCCCGCAGUCAGCGGACACAAUACCAGAGUUACAGGUAGGUAUGGAUUGAAGACAUUGAACGAAUAUGCCGCGGCAUUGACUACGUAGAUGGUAAGUUACAUACUUUAUAAUACGUAUUAAUGUUUUAAAUAUAAAUGUGCACAAUAAUUUCAAUUUUUUUGUUGUUAUAAUGAGUAAAUUAGCUCCUACAUGAUUUUUAGUGGUGUGGUUGAAAUAUGGUAUGGUAAAAAUCCAAUAAAAUAUAGAUUAAAAAAUAUUUAAAACUCUAUAACAGUCAUUGUCCGGUGAACGACCUCCAUAAGCGAGAAACUCUAGUUAGAGACACACUCUAUGAGCGAGAAAAUUACCGCGUUCUCUUAGACUCUCGCUUAUCUCUAGUUUUUUUUCGAUUUUAAAGCUAAUAUCUUACAAAUUGUGAAUAUAUCAAGGUGCAUGUAUUUUUAUUUGAAAUUAUUGUAAAUGGUUUGUCGUUUACUGAAAUAUUACGUUAAAAAGUUUGUUUUGCAUAGAAAGAAAUUGUAAUGUGCGACAGAGAAGUAAGUCAAUGUUGCCAACUUAGUAAAUAUUUCGGAACUGUCAUAUUUUAAAUUGUACUAUAGAAUAGUGCAAUGUGUGGAAGUGAGAUAGAUAUAUGUCUUGUAGACUAAUAAUUCAGGCAAUAAUAAUCUUUGUUGAAUUUAAUAGUAGAGGUCAUUUUUCUACGAAUAAUUUAAUAUUAUUGGGAAUUUCAUUCAAGCAAUAAUAAACCGUAUUGCUAUCUGCCUAAAAGUAGUUUUCCUUUGAAUUGUAUUGAUUUAGAUAAAAAUUUUCGAAUAUGUAACGCACAUAAAAUUGACAGUUAUAUGAAAUAACUUUCAAGAGUAGAAUGUUCUAGAAAAGAUCAAAUCAUUAUUAAGAUAUUUUGCAGUUAAUAUGUAAUGAAUAGAAUUUAUUUUUCUUUAUUUUCGAUUAUAGUUUUUAAA